AUGAUUGCAUUUGAACGUCACAAGGCCAAAAAUAGCACCGCAAUCUCUAUCUUCAAUGAGCAUUUUCCAAAUUGCAUCGGAGCGUUUGCUUUUGAUGACAGCUCUAAUUAUGAUAUUUAUGCUGAAGCCAGCCAAGCAUUGAGGAAUGUGUUUAAAUACGGUUCAAAGCAUUCACAACUUAGGGCAUUGACGAUUUUACAACCAUUGAUGGAAAAUUGUGAAAAAAUUCAUCCUUAUGUUGCUUCACACAAAUUUAUCGAUAAACUUAAAAAUCUUGCAUUAUCGUCGAGUACUGACGAUGAAGUUCAUAAGAGAUUGAUGAUUUUAUUUGCUCAAUGGUCAAAUAAUUAUAAAAAAAAACCAGGAAUGGAAAACAUAACAAGUUUAUAUAGCACUGUAUCUAAUAAAAAUAGUCAUAGUAAUGGUGGCGGACACACUUCGAAAAAACGUAAGAGCACUUCUAGUACUCUAUUAAAUAGUACAAUGAAAAAUCUAAAUAAUAAAAAGAAACAACAUGAACGACAAUCAUCAAGUAAACCAAAUAAACCGGAAAAAUAUACUCCUUCUCAGGUUAAUCAAGAAAUUGGUUCAGCAAUUCAAAAUGCUACAAAUUUGGUUAAUGCCAUUACUUUGUUGAAUCCUGAUAUGGACUUUGAAAACGAUGAUGAAUUACAAGAAUGUGUUGCUAAAUGUAAAGCUUCUUCAGAGCAAUUAUUCAAAAUUAUACCUACAAUCUCUGGUGGUACUCAAUUAGGUCCUUUGCUACAAUGUAAUGAUCAAAUACAAGGAGCUUUAGAACUAUAUUCAAAAUAUUGUGAAGAUUGCAAAAAAUCAGAUUUGGAUGAUGUAACUUCUAAUUUCGAAAAGACAAAAUUACAAAAUAAUACUAGAGAAAAAAAAUCAUUUGAUUACACAAAGGAUCCUUUCGCCGAUCCCAUAUCACCUAGCAGAACGCCCGAUCCUGACGCAGAAAAAAAAAUCAAGACACAUCCUAAAUGGACUGAAGUUUAG